CGCUCUGAAAACUAUGUUGCUCUAGAUUGGUUGGUUGCCUAGGAGUGGAGUUGUUAAAGUUAGUCAUUACUAAUGAUUUUGAAAGAAAAUUUGCUUUUAUAAAAGAAAAUUACGAUCAACAUGGGUUUUAUACAAACACUUGUAGUGAUACAUUGGAGGGAAUGCAAGUUUCAGACAAAGAAGGUUUUCUAGUGCAACAUUUUUGACUUUUAGCUACGAAACUAUGGAACAUUAGAAACGUGAUUCGGAUGGCUAGUGAUUUUUUUGUUCUCUCAAGCUUAAUGUUACCUUAUAGAUUUCUGCCUGUGCUGGCUAAAAUUGGAUUUUGGUUUCUAAUUUUCCAUUUCUUUUUGAGGUCUGAUCUUGGCAAAUUUGUGCUAAUUAUUUACAUUGUAAAUUUUUGUUUUAUCGAUUUUGGUUCUUACAUACUGAUUUUCUUGUUGGCUAUGGGGAUAUUGCCCCUGAUACAUUACUCACGAAGUUUGAUGGUCCAUCAUGCUUACAUAAAUUUUUGUUCCUGGAGGACCACGAUAUAGAGGGCUUCAGCAUUUUCCAAACAAAGUAAAUUGCAAUGAAGCUUCGGGCCUUGAAAGUUGACUGGCCCAUCCUUCAGCGAUGGGAUGUGCCUUGGGGCUGGCAAACUGCUACACUCACUAUGAUUGCAUGUGGAGUAAGCUUUGUUCUGACAGGGUUGGUGGAGGCAUCGGUUUUGCCAUAUCUUGGUUUUCAGGGUGGAGAAGUAAGUUUAGAGGAGAAAGCAGAAAUACUGUUUGCUGGUCAAUUUGCCGUGACGGCAGUCGUACUGGGAGUCAUCUAUGGCAUCACCAACUCCUUUCGACCACUUCCAGAUGAUAUUUUUUGCUACGAUUGGAAGAAUCCAUUCAGUCUGCAAAAUGGUUGGCUUAUGUGGGCAGGAAUUGGUCUCGCGAGUGCAUUAAUUGCUAUUGCAUUAGCAGGAGUUGCAUUGACCACAUUUAGUGGUGAAAAUCCACAACGAGAGACUGAUGCCCUAAUUCGUCUGUUGCCAUUGAUUGGUUCUUCAAGUAUCAGCACUGCCUGCCUAGUGGGUGUUACAGGUGUUUUGGCCCCAAUUCUUGAGGAGACUGUGUUUCGGGGAUUUCUGAUGGUCUCCUUAACUAAGUGGGUUCCAACACCAGUUUCUGUGCUUAUCAGUGCUGCGUUGUUUGCUAUUGCUCAUCUCACCCCUGGAGAAUUUCCCCAGCUGUUUCUGCUUGGGGCUGCUUUAGGAUUUUCAUAUGCUCAAACUCGUAAUCUCCUCACGCCCAUCACCAUACACUCUAUUUGGAACUCAGGGGUGAUUUUAUUGCUCACAUUUCUUCAGCUCCAAGGGUAUGAUAUAAGAGAGCUACUGCAGGCAUCGUAAAAAGAGGUCUCUCAACCUCGACUUAGGUCGUUGAGCUUUGGUCAGGUGCCUUUCCAUGUUUUCAGUGCUGUGCACGCGAAAACAAAACAAGCAAAUGAAAAGAGGUGACACAAUGAUAUCAGGAUGCGUACAUUGGCCGCUCGCUGAAAUUUCCAUCUGCUGAAACCUUGACAUCUGGAUUCUGGCCAAGCUCCAGAUUAUUUUCAUGCUUGUAAUUAAAGCGUAUAGAAAUGAGAAAGAAAUAUAUAGUCUCAACUUGAGUUCAUAAUAUCUGAAUCAGCAUGUGCAAAAAGUACUGAGCAAUAGUGCUAGUGUAUUCAAAAUCUAGAAGUAAAAUUCAAAUAUUUUAAGUCAGUUUUAUUUUAAAA